CUACUUCUCCAGUUCUCCUCUAAGAUCGUUUCUAACUUCUACACAACUAUCUGCAGCUCAAGUAACAUGAGAAGCCUUAAACUUGCAAUGUGCUUCGCCUAUCGUAUAACAGACUCUAGAUUUUCCAAAGCAGUUGUGCUUUACUCAGGCUAGGCUCAUAAAAUUUUCAGCAUUGUGCUAAUUAAUUUUUUUUCUAUCAAAAUAUAAUUGUAUUAUCCUAUAUUAUAAAAUUGGGACCCUAAUGUUUACGUUUUUUAAAAAAAAAAUUAGGGCCCUAUUUUCUUAACAAAAAAAACAAAAAAAAAACGACCUAGUGCAAAAGCACCCUCAGCCCAUGCCUUUCCGGCCCUGUGCUUACUUGCGCUAUUACAUCAGCCGUGUUCUUUUUGGAGACGCUGACGCUGCGUCAGCGGCAAGAAAAUGUAAAAGGAUUUUAAAUGCCAGGUCAGCAAGAAGUUACAACAGAGACUUAAAAAAUAAUGAUAUCUGACGCUGUCCGCAGGUCAGCACAUGUAUUGGAGCCGCUAGUAUUUACGGCGACGAUGAAAACACGGAAAAUCAGUCGCUUACAGUCGCCGGCGGCAACUUCAUAACAAAGCUGCGGUUAAAUUUCUCUGUUUUGUUCGUAAUUUUUGGUUGCUUAACGCCGCGUCAGCGUUAAAGAAACAAACAGAGCUAUCGAGAGUGACGAUGAUGCUCUGGUGGAUACGCAUGUGAAAAAUCUUUAGAUGUUCCUAGUUUCAAUGAACUUGUGGGCUUGUGUUAUGUGCCGACCUUGGUACUUACUACGUCUUUUCACGUUUGCAAGGUUUCUGUCUUUCUUCAAUAACUACACCCAAUAGAAAAGUUUAAUGGGUUAUUGUUUCAUCUUUCUUCGACUAUAUGAUAUCUUGAUUUGAAAGUUAACAUGCCGCCCAAGCCCUAAUGUUAGAUUGCCCUAAAUUAUGUUGUAGAAAUGUAAAAAGUAUGAUCAUUAAUAAGUGAUGGAUACUAAAUGUUGAAAGUUGAAACUGCUUCACUCUCUAAUUUAAAUGGACCAGAGACAAUUUGACCGUUAAAGUAAAUGGUAUGGCUCUUCCUCUUUUUAGCCGUUGUCACCUUUCUUGGGACCAUAUGGUUAUUGAGUGAUGGUGAUGUCUACGAAAAGUUUUGGAACUUGAAACCAAUACCCUUUAAAUAGAUGGGACUUGAGACAACUUUGAUUAUCAGAGCAAAAUGGUUUCUUCCUCUUCGUCUUUGACACCGGUGAUGAAAGACGGAGAGUGUAGAAGCUGGUCGGAGCUGCCCUCUGAAUUAACGUCAUCGAUCCUGCGCAGGCUCGACUACACUGACAUAUUGGUAAACGCACAGAGAGUGUGCAGAUCGUGGCGUCGCGUCUGUAAAGACCCUGCCAUGUGGCGCAAGAUUGAUAUGCGCAACCUAGGAAAAUUUCGGUACCUCGUCAAGACCUUGUGCCGUCACAUUCUCGAUCUUAGCCAAGGAGGCUUGGUUGAGCUUGACAUGUGGUAUAUCGGUCCUGACUCUCUCCUCGACUACAUCGCCUAUAGGUUCUCUCUCUCCAAUUUCUUUUGUGAAUAUGUUUACUUUUCUUCAGUUUUUAACUUUUUACACGCAAUUACUUGUAGGUCAAGUAACCUGAGAAGCCUUAAACUUGACUUAAUCUCUAUGAUAACAACUGAUGGACUUACAGAAGCGCUUGGGAAGCUUCCAUUGCUUGAAGAACUCGAGCUCUCGCGCUACACAUUGUCUGGAGAUUCUCUGAAAGUUGUAGGCCAGUCUUGUCCUAAACUGAAGACACUGAAGUUACACUCCCUUGAGAUCCGGCCUCCUGGUUACGGGAACGAUGAUGAUGCUCUAGCUAUCGCUGAAACAAUGCAUGGACUUCGCUUCCUCCUGCUUUUUGGAAACUGUUUAACAAAGGUCGGUUUAAACGCCAUUCUUGAUAAUUGUCUUGAUUUGGAGCAUCUUGAUUUGCGUCUCUGUUUCAACUUUAAACUUGUCGGGGAUCUGGAGAAGCGGUGUUCUGAGAGGAUCAAAGUUUUGAGACGACCUUUUGACUCUCCUGACUGCCCAUAUGAUGAGAGGGAGAUCCAUGCUGAUAUAUCUGACGAUGAGGUCCCUUUCAUGCCAGAUGUUAAUUCUUACGGUGUCUUCGAAAGUGACAGUGACUACUCUGACAGCGAUUAAGACAACCCGUUAGUGAAUUAUGUUUUCGAGAUGCAUUGUCUUCGUUCGUUAUCUCUUCACUGUGGUUUCUGAGGACUUUCUUGUCUAAUAGCAUGCGUCAUUUGCUUUUGCAGAACUCUUUUUUUUUCUAUGUUAACUUAUUAUGAAUCUAUUCUAUAAUGUUAAAUAAAUCCUUCUGCAAGUUAGAAUUGACCAAAA